GAGAGUCGACCAUCCAACCUUCUUAAACCCCAUGGGCCAUGGUUCCCAUCAACCAUUCAAACUCCAAACGCAGCUCCAGCAUUUAAAUUUCCCACCUCCCCGCACUCUGCAUCCCCGAUUGCCCGUCGCAGCUCCUCGCAGCCGCCGUCGCCAUGGGCACCCUCAUCGGCCACGUCGCGCCGGGCGCCGGCUUCCUCCUCAUCGGCCUGUGGCAGCUGUUCAACCACAUCCGGCUGUUCGUGCUGCGGCCCAGCUACUACGCCGCGCCGCUCUGGUUCCCCGCGCGCGGCGUCCGCCACCUCGAGCUCAUCCUCAUCAUCGUCGGCACGUCGGCGUCCAUCCUGAUGGAGCUCGUCAUCGGCCCCGCGAAGCACCAGCCGUUCGACGACGACGGCACCAUCCCGUCCGACCACCUCCACAACUUCGAGCACGCGUCCGUCUCGCUCGCGCUGCUCGCGUUCGCCGCGGUCACCAUCCACAUGGACAGGGUCCGGGCGCCCAUGCGGGACGCCGUGUCGCAGCUGGCCGCCGCCGCGGCUUUCGCGCAGGAGCUGCUCGUCUUCCACCUCCACUCCACGGACCACAUGGGCGUGGAGGGGCAGUUCCACUGGCUGCUGCAGACCGUCAUCGCCGUCACGCUGGCCACCACGCUGCUGGGCAUCCCGUACCCGCGGAGCUUCGUGGUGAGCCUGGUCAGGUCGGCGAGCCUCGUGCUCCAGGGCGUGUGGUUGAUCGUCAUGGGCGUCAUGCUCUGGACGCCGGGGCUCGUCUCCAAGGGGUGCUUCCUCAAUCACGAGGACGGCCACGACGUGGUCCAGUGCCGCACCGACGAGGCGCUCCACCGCGCCAAGGCGCUGGUCAACCUGCAGUUCAGCUGGUACCUGACGGGCACCAUGGUGUUCGUCGUCGUGCUCUACCUCCAGGUCAGCAGGCUGUACCCCGAGGAGCCGCAGUACUUGCCGCUGGUCAAGGGGAGACACGCCGGCGGCCGGUUCAGCAUCGGGGACGAUCGCGAGGACGAUGACGACGAGGAGGACCUGGAGGCCACGAAGCGUGGCUACGGGCACGUGGUCAGCGGUGGCACAAAACCCAUGGAGGUAGAGAGGUAAAACUGAAGCCGUAUGCCGUGUGAACGAUGAACGGAGGGAACGGUCAAGAUGCAGUGUCGUAUGUUACAGUGGGUAUAUGUUCAGUAGGAUUGGUGUGCUGUAGAUUGUAUUUUUUUUUCACUUUUGUGGAUUUGGUUUCACCGAGUGAACUGACCCGUAAAUGCGGGUGAAGUUCGUGGUUGGUCACUUUGAUUUGUUUAUUAUUUAACCUAGCUUGUUGUUCUGAUCAUCAGAGUACAAUGGAUUCAGGGUUGGCCUGUGGA